GGUGGGCGGGGCCUGCGUACGCCUGCGCAGUCCGCUCUACUCAGGGAGGCGGAGGCGACGAGCCGGAGGGAAGAUGGAAGACUACCAGGGUGCUGAGGAGACCGCCUUCGUCGUGGAUGAAGUGAGCAACAUCGUGAAAGAGGCUAUAGAGAGCGCCAUCGGUGGGAACGCGUACCAGCACAGCAAGGUGAACCAGUGGACCACCAACGUCGUGGAGCAGACGUUGAGCCAGCUCACCAAGCUGGGGAAACCGUUCAAAUACAUCGUGACCUGCGUGAUCAUGCAGAAGAACGGAGCCGGGCUGCACACGGCGAGUUCUUGCUUCUGGGACAGCUCCACCGACGGAUCCCUCACCCUGUGUGCGUGAACACUCCAGAACCCAGACUGCGCAAGCGUGGGAGCUGCACCGUGCGAUGGGAGAACAAGACCAUGUACUGCAUCGUCAGCGCCUUCGGCCUGUCCAUCUGAGCCCCCGUCCCGCGGGCACCGCUCUGCCUCAGCGCUUCUGUCCGUCUUCCCAUCACUCACCGCGCGUCCCGUGCACACCUCUCUCCGUAUCUGUGUGUUCUGUGGCACUCUCAGAAUGUAGAGAAAUACACCCGUGGCUGCAGUGUUCCGGCGCUGUGCACCGCGAGCCACACGCUGUCCCGAGGUGGGCGGGCAGAGCCUGCCCCGCCCCCUCUUAACAGACCGUUUCUUUACAAAGGUGCUAAAGCUCAAAUCCUGGUGGGAAGCGCUUCUCUCGGAAACGAUUCAAGUAUACUAAUUUUCCAUACUUUUUACUUUUGUUAGAAUAAAUUAUUCAGGUUUCAA